AUGGGACUUAAAUCCCUCAUCAGCUUUGGUUUCUUAAUCCUCCCGAUCGCGGUUACGAUAAGUGUUCUUCUCGGGCUACAAGCAUAUCGUGAUGCCCACGGGCUAUCUCGGCCCUUUGUGAGCAAUUCCAUCAAGUCAACAACAUAUUGUCAGAGGGCAUUUGGUAUCACGCCCGACACGGAUGGUCAAAAAUAUACCCUGAAUCCGAAUCAAUGGGGUGUUACUGAUGACUACACUGGUGGUGGCGGUUUGUGUAUGAAUGUCACGACUUUUGACAAUGCCUCCUAUCCUACGAACACCACCGCCCCUAAAUGGUCUAUUACAUGGCAAUUUCCUCCAGGCCCACCCACGCAGCCUGUUCAUGCAUUUCCCAAUAUCAAGAUGGACGCAUCAGAUGUUUUCCCCAUCGAAAUCUCAGAUGUUGCCACCAUUAAUUUUCAAGCGGAUUGGGCUUACGGGGUGGGCGACGAGCAACCAACCACAACCAAUGUCGCUGACCUCAAUGCCAUUGAUCUCAACUCCAACGUGGCCAUUGAUAUGUUUUUGGAUUCCGAUCCUGACAAAGCUACAAGCACAGUCGAUGCAAAGUACGAAGUCAUGAUUUGGCUGGGUUAUUUUGGUCCUGCCACGCAACCCAUUGGUCUGGAUGUCGGCGCCGUCGCAACACAAGACGUCAAUGGUACCACUUUCUCGCUUUACUUUGGCGAAAACGGUCUUGGUCAAAGUGUCUUAACUUGGGUUGCCAAUGGUUCCGUCCAGAAUUUCGUCGCUGAUAUUGGACCCUUGCUCCAAGGUUUGACAGGUAUAGGAGGUCCUACUGUGAACGACUAUCUUGGAUACCUUGCAUUUGGAUCCGAGGCUCUCAGUUCUGGAUCAAAUGUCACUUUCUACAAUCCAAACCUCAGUAUGGCUGUGGUUCCGAAAUAA